AAAAUCUGACUGAUUUGUCACUUGGUGACGGAUGUCAAAAUCUCUGAGAAGAAAAUAUCGAAUUUUUACUCAAGUGUUUACGUAUUUUUCUGUGCUGUUGAGCUCUAGAGAGAAAGGAUAAAAUGAUCAAAAAUGCAGGUUCAGGCGAGCGUAGACCAUUAUCUGGUCAGUUAUACAAAUACACAAAUGUUGUAAAGGGCUGGCAGCAACGUUGGUUUGCAGUGGAUCCCGAAACUGGAGUUCUAUCGUAUUACCUCUUCGAUGGACCUGGAGACACCAUUCAACCUGGACAACCAGCUAGGGGUGAAGCGCAUUUAGCAGCUGCAGUAAUAUGUCCGAGCGACGAGGAUUCCCGUACGUUCACCAUCAACUGUGCUUCCGGAGACAUGCUCAAGCUGAGGGCCACUGAUGCCAGGGCCCGGCAGGAGUGGGUCAAUGGCCUCAGGGCUAUUGCUGAAAUACACACCAAGGCCAUGGGUGCCAACCCGCCGCUGCAGCCAAGAGAACAGCUUGCAGUGCAUGAUGCCAUGGCUUCAGCUAGGAACCAGCUACAGGCUACAGAAAUGAGUGAUGCAGCUCUAGCAAGGUGUAUAGAAUCAGCAGAUUCACCAUUUCCACACACAGACCCAGACUUAUUACUUUUAAAAGCAACAUCAGCAGCCAGCAUGCAGUGCCUGCUACAAUGUCUGGGCAUUCUGCACCGACAGCAGCAGUAUACCACCGUCAGCAUUUCCAGUAAACAUUCCGAUAAUGAUCACCACUAGUCCAUUCUUCGUAUAGAUAGGCGAUUCACACACAACACCGCUCCCUGGGGAAUGUGAGUAGGAUUCUUUGGUGGUGAAGUAAGGAAGGAAUAACGGAUCUAGUGAAGCAUCGCCGUUCAUGAAAUACGCUUAAACAUUUCUCUCUAGGGUUGUCCGACUGUGCGGUCGAUCGGUUUGCUUUUGUUUUCCCGCCACGGACCUUCGCGGUGUCGUGUGAAAAUCGUCAAUGCAAUAGUAGCCUUAGAUUGUGGAAUAAUACAUUUGAUUGACAUUCAGGUUGUUGAACUUUAAAUGCUGUAACAGGGUGUCUAUCGCACUGACGGAUGUUUAAACAAUUAAUUUAUAAACUUCCUCCAGUUAUAUCUCUGAAACUAUCAGUCCUAGCUGAAGCUAGCAAAUCGCCUAGUCGUCCCGAUCAUGACGAAAUCCCAUUGUUCAUUUGAACGAUGACGAGUUCGUAAAUAUUAUUCCUCAAUGUAUUAUUCAUAGCUUAAAAAGACAAGCAUUGUUAACAUAUCCUAAUGUUUUCCUUCUAGCUAUUAGCUAUACAUCGUUGGUGUCGUGAAAAUUGUAAAUAUUUUAUGUAAUUACUAUGUAUUAUGAUUAUUUUUAAAUAUAGAUCUCUACACUAUUGUAUUUUUUAAAUUUACACCAUGGAUAUGCUGUUUUAUCCAAUGGAUAUUAUAUGAUUUUAUAGGUACUUUAUGUUGGUUAAUUAGUACCUACUUGAAAAUAAUAGCAAGAAAUAAAGUCUUCUAAUUGAAUA